UGAAGAAGUAAACACGGCUUUUACACUCCAGUGUUGUAGAGGGCGCCCUCCGCUCUGAACACGGACACUGCCCGGCCGGAGAGUUCCUACAGCAGGUGCUGGUGGCGGUGCUGCUGCUGAGUGAGUGUGAGUGUGUGUGAAAGAGAGAGAGAGAGAGAGAGAGAGAGAGAGAGAGGUAGUCCCGCAGUACAGUGAUGGAGCAGUGUGCGUGUGUGGAGCGAGAGUUGGAGAAAGUGCUGCACAGGUUUGUGACGUAUGGGCAUCAGUCCGAGGAGCGCCUGGACGAGCUGCUGAGGAACGUGUGUGAGCUGCGCAGCCAGCUGGUCACCUUCGGUGUACAGGAUGCAGAUCUGUCCGUGCUCUCUCAGACGAUGGCGCAGUGCUGUAAAGAAAUUAAAGAAACUGUGCAGAUGCUCGCCUCUCGCCACAAGGACAUCCACGGCAGCGUGUCCAAAGUUGGCAAAGCUAUCGACCGGAACUUUGAUGCGGAGGUGAGUGCGGUGGUGGCUGAGACUGUGUGGGACUCACCUGAGAAGCAGAGGAACCUCAGUGAGACCAUCGUUGAGCACCUGUACCGGCAGGGCAUGCUGAGUGUGGCUGAAGAUCUGUGUCAGGAAUCCGGGGUGGUUAUCGACAUGAGCAUGAAGCAGCCGUUCCUGGAGCUCAACCGUAUUCUGGAAGCUUUAAGAAUGCAGGACCUCAGGCCAGCACUGGAGUGGGCUGUGACAAAUCGACAGAGGCUGCUGGAUCUGAACAGCAGUCUGGAGUUCAAGCUGCACAGGCUUUACUUCAUCAGUCUGCUAAACGGGGGCGUAGACAACCAGCUGGAGGCGCUGCACUACGCCCGUCACUUUCAGCCAUUCGCUGCUCAGCAUCAGAGAGAUAUUCAGGUGCUAAUGGGAAGCUUGGUUUACCUUCGUAACGGCAUUGAAAACUCGCCCUACCGCAGCCUGCUGGAGACCAAUCAGUGGGCAGAAAUCUGCAACAUCUUCACCCGGGACGCCUGCGCUCUUCUUGGCCUGUCUGUAGAGUCUCCCCUCAGUGUCAGUUUUGCAUCAGGAUGCAUGGCGCUACCUGUGCUGAUGAACAUUAAGCAGGUGAUCGAGCAGAGGCAGUGCAGUGGUGUCUGGACACACAAAGAUGAGCUGCCGAUUGAGAUAGACCUGGGGAAGAAGUGCUGGUAUCACUCAGUGUUUGCGUGUCCCAUCCUGAGGCAGCAGACGUCAGAGAGUAACCCACCCAUGAAGCUCAUCUGUGGGCACGUCAUCUCCAGAGAUGCCCUCAACAAACUCACCAACGCUGGAAAGCUGAAGUGCCCGUACUGCCCAAUGGAGCAGAACCCGUCGGACGCUAAGCAGAUCUACUUCUGACUUGGGAGGAGAGCGGAUUAAAGCGGCGGAGGCUCUGAGGUGUCGGAGGCUCGCUGGAGUGGACUGAACUGGCUGAGUUGGAAUGAUCCACGUUCAUGGGCACGGCGAGGCCCCGCGUGGCGGCUCGAACCGUGGAGCCGCUUCCUCCCUUCCCCCCCCUCCCAAGCUUUUAGUUGGCAGAGGCCGGUGGUCAUGACUACAUCACACACCUGUAGAUCCGAGUCAGUAAGUGAUAAACGUCACACGGACAGAUAUCGGCGGAUCAUUUGUUCAUACGCACUCAUUCACGACAGACUCACAGGCUUUUAUAAGUAUAUGUGUGUGUGUGCUGAUUUGUUUCGUUUUUUUUCCCUCCUUAUUAAUUUGACUUUAAUUUGAACCCCUUACCCUAGUUUUUUUCCUCCACCUCUUAUUGAAGAAGAGAGUGGGCUGUAUGCUUGUGAACAGGUGUGUGACCUCUUGCAUAGUAUGUUGCUUCUUUCCAGAUAUUUAAACGACUAUAUAUGGGGCGUUCUGCCUGUGUACAUGACAGAAGUGGCUUUUUAGCAAGUAUAUUCACAGAGAGAUUCACAGAGAGUAUUGAAAUAAGGUCAUGAGUUGAUUGGUGGAGGGCUUGUUGGUGACGUUUUGAGCCUGUGGUGAAAGCAGGAUGCUGAUUGUAACCGAAUAGCGCCGCUCUUCCUGAUGGUGUAAUGAUAUAAUAAAAGCGUGAUUGGA